CUUUAUAAGAAUUAAGUAUUCUCUCUGAAUUUUGGAGAGCAAAACCAAAAGAAAAAUUCAGUUCAUCCAAACAGGCUAUACACUGCCAAGAACAAACAAGAAAAAUGCCUAGAAAAUUGCGAAAAUCGCUGCUAGGUUACCUCUCGAAGAUCAAAAGGCCAACGCCUCAGCUUCAAUUUCCUAAUCCCCAAUCAUUCAAAUCUUCAAAAAACUGGAUUCUCGCAGGUUGUAAGCAUCCGAAAACACUGUCGUUCGCCAUCGAUCGGAAGAAUGGCGACGGCGCCGGUAACAACGCCGCUGCGGACCCCGCCGCUGCCGCUACUCUCUCCGAUGUCGAUCGAUUCCUCGUUGAGAACUUCCGAUCGUUGUACAUGAAAGAGGAGGAAGAGUUCGAGGAGAAAAAAAUAGAAGAAGAAGGUCGAGAGAGCAAGAAGCAAGGAGUGGUUUCACCUGAUUCGCCGGUUGAUUCGAACGGCGGAUCUCACCGAUUCUUCUUCUCCCCUGGCUUGUCCGGAUCUCCAGCGAACGAUUCUCUGACGGAAUCGUCGGAAAAUGUAGGAUCGAGUUCUUCAUCUUUGAACGGUGAAAAUCAGAGCAAGGAUGUGAAACUUCCGAACGAUUGCAUCGCGAUUUUGAGGUACUCGCCGAAUCCGCCUGAGGAAUUUCGGCGAGCGAUGAAAGAGAUGAUGGAUUCUCACAUGAAACAGCAGGAGAAAGUGGAUUGGGAGUUUAUGGAAGAACUUCUGUUCUCUUUUCUAAAUCUGAACGAUAAAAAGUCGCAUAAACACAUACUUAAUGCUUUCGUUGAUUUGAUAGUGAUUUUGCGGCAGAAGGUUGAGGACGAUGCUUCGAAGCCUCGGACAGUCCGGAGCGUGAGAAUGGUGAGGAGGAUGAUGUGAAAUCUGGCGAAUCUGGCGAAUCUUUGAAAAUGAUAUCAAAGAUCUCGAUAUCCUUACCUUAACAUUCUAUCUGGUUCUCACAGUUUAGUCCCUACAAUCUGUAAGCAACAUUCCGAUUCGAAGUUUUUUUUUUUUUUUUUUUUUUUU